CUGAUAACAACAAAAAAACGAAAUAAAAAAAAUUAUAAUAUGGUUAAAAAAAAAGGAAACAAUUAAAAGCAUGUAUAGCGCGCGACGCUACGGCGCUGUGCGCAUGCGCGGUGUGUUGUUUUGGUGCUGCGGUCUCUUUAAGCGCUCUGUAACAUGACUCCGGCUCUUCUCUUCUCUUCUCGGCUCGCCUCGGAUCUGCUGACGUGUCGGCAGCGGCUCCGCGAUCAACAGCUGCCAGCAUGGCUGCACCGAAGCCCCGUUUUUAUUAUGUUUUUACGCUCGUUCUGUACGCGUGUCUCCCCCGGAGCGGCGCGGAGCGGCGCUUCUCGGACCUGAAGCGAUGCGCCGACGAAGAAUGCAGCAUGCUUCUCGGCAGAGGGAAGGCCGUCAAGGAUUUCACAGGGCCGGACUGCCGCUUCCUCUCUUUUAAGAAAGGAGAGACAAUAUAUGUAUAUUAUAAACUCUCAGGGCAGAGAUCAGACGUAUGGGCUGGUAGUGUUGGAAACCACUUUGGUUAUUUCCCAAAGGACUAUCUUAAUAUAAAUCAUAUAUAUACUGAAAAAGAAUUGGAGGUACCUACAGAGGAAACAGAUUUUGUUUGCUUUGAGACUGGGCUCGAUAAAUUUGAAAGUUAUGACGUAGAUGUGUUAUUAGGCAGCACAUUGUUGCUAGAAAAUGAGAAUUCAACAGACGAAUCAAAAGAGUCGGCUCAGAAUGAAGAUGCGUCUCAAAUGAAAGAAUCGGUGGAGCCUCCGGAAUCAGAGUCGUUCGAUUCAGAAACUACAUUGAUUCCUGAAUCAGAGGCAGUUGAUUCAAAAUCACCAUUGCUUCUCGAAUCGGAGUCAGUAGACUCAGAAUCAUUUCAUGAAUCAAAGUCCGUUGGUUUAGAAUCUUCGUUGUUCGUUGAGUCAAAGGCAGUUGAUUCGGAAUCGCAUCUUGAAUCAGAAUUCGUAGAUUCGGAAUCGCAUCUUGAAUCAGAAUUCGUAGAUUCGGAAUCGCAUCUUGAAUCAGAAUUCGUAGAUUCGGAAUCGCAUCUUGAAUCAGAAUUCGUAGAUUCGGAAUCGCAUCUUGAAUCAGAAUUCGUAGAUUCGGAAUCGCAUCUUGAAUCAGAAUUCGUAGAUUCGGAAUCGCAUCUUGAAUCAAAGGCAGUUGAUUCGGAAUCUCAUCUUGAAUCAAAGGCAGUUGAUUCGGAAUCGCAUCUUGAAUCAAAGGCAGUUGAUUCAGAGUUCGUAGAAGCUCCUAAAACAGAGACAUUUCUGAAGUUUACCCAAGAGGACUCUGAUAGCUUUCAUCCAAAGACAGUAUCUGAAUCUAAAGAUGCACUAACAGAAGAAACGGAAGACAUUUCAAUAAGCCAAGACGCUGAGGUUGUUUCAGAGGAUGCAGAAACAGACGCUGAUGCACAAGAUAUUGAUUAUUCUGAACUUUUGCACAAAACAAAACGUAACGCUGAUUUUCAGCCACUCGAAACACAAACAGCAGGUUUAGAUGCAAUGCACGAAGAACCUGCUAAACCAGAGAUAAACGAAGAAGAUAUACCACUACAAACACCAGAGAAAACACUCGAGGAUGAGGACGGGUCAAGCUUUAAAGAUGCUGUUCAAACGGACCGUGAAGGUGAAUCGCAAGAGACCGAAUCUCUUGAGGAGCUCGCCAAAGAAUCGCUUGCAGCUGCUGAUGUUGAAGAACGAGCUGGUCUUGAGGUCAUGCAUGCACAAAGUGAUUUUAAAGAGCUGGUUAAUGCAGAUGAAACUGUAGACAUUAAUAAGCCAGAAUCUUCUCAUCUUCCACAAGAUGCUAAAACUCCACGAGACGUCCUGUCUGAACCAGCAUUGGAAACGCUCACAGAGUCUGGAAAGGCAAAUGUUAGCGAAAUCACUGAAGAACAUGAUCCAAAGGAGUUAGACAAGAACAAGAUUGAAGAGCUUUUUCAGAAGGCCAGCAUGAAUAAGAAUGAAAACGCAUACAUAAACCAUACCGACUAUCCUCAGGAUACGAAAAAUGGCGAAAAAGUGAAGGAAUCGAUUGGCGAAGACGAUAAUUUAAAGGAGGAACUUGUUACAGAAAGCCCAGAAACUGCACCUCUGUUUGAGCAAACGGAGGAACGGAUCGAUAAAGUGAAGAACGAACUCGUGAAUCUACUGAAAAACACACUGGAGGCGGAACAGCAGAGUCCUGAAGAUGAAGAGGACGCGGCCGAAGAGCUCUUAGAGGACGAAAACGCUCUUCUUUCUUCUAAUCCUCAGACAACGCAUGAACUUGAAACGCAUGAAAACCGGCAACCUGAAAGCGAUCGCUCGAAACCAAGCAAAAACGCCACAAAACGAGAAGAAGGCGGCGUGCUCCGUCUCCCUCCCGAGGAGCCCGAAUACAGCGACACCGUGCUGAGGCUCACCGUCCUGCGGGAUCACCUCAAGGACGAGGAGAUGGAGCGCAUGCAGAAGUAUUUCGGACUGAAGAACCUGUUCAGGAUCGAGGCCAUGUUCUCCGAUCUCGAUCUGGAGAUGAAGUCCGCCCGAGAGCUGCAGACGGACACGGAGGAGAUCGAGCGGACGCUGGACCUGAUCAUGGAGGCCUCGGAGAACUCCAUUCUCGACGCCGCCGAGGACAUGCUGAGCGAGAGGGAGCGGAGGUCUCUGGAAGACGGCCGGCAGAAGGGGCCGGAGGACUACGACUUCGAGGCUGCCGUCUUGGACGCUUUCCAGGAGAUCGUUUUCGCUCUGCGACAGAAAUAUUCAGCGGCCAGUGACAGCGCACCGCUGGUCGAGGAAGUGCUGCUUGCAUCUGAAACAGAUGAAGAAGCUGACCCCGAAGAGGUGAAGGCUUCGGAUGUUAACAUGGAAAAGACUGAAACCCCCACGAGUCCUGAAAUGCACGAGGAGCGUAAUGAAUCUGAAGCGAUGCUGCAAUCCGAAUUAAAUGCGAACGAGGAUUUGUCUCGCACUAAAGACGUGGGUCUGGAGGAGGACGGGGGCCAUUUCAACAGAAAUAAGGAUGCCCAGAUAGGGUUCGAAGACCCCGAGGAGAUCCAAAAGGGGCCUCAUGCCAUUUUGGAGAACCCGGUGGACAUCGGCUUUCACUUUGAAGUGGAUCCAUCUUCAGGUUCUCUGGAGUCUCCGGGUGUCUCUGAUUUCCACGACGCCGAAGCAAGCAGUGAUGCCACCGGCUCGUCGGCUUCAGAUGAGCUUUGGGGUUUUGUGCUUCUCCUCAAAGAAUAUCUUGGCGUGUACGGAGAAACUUUGGUCACCGCUCUUCCGGAGGAAUGGCGACCGGGUCCCGAUUUCCACGGGGUCCCCUGGGAGCCGGUGCUCGCCACGGCGGUUGUCGGGGCCCUCACAGUCCUGUUGUUCUUCUGGAGGACCGUUCUAGCGAUCAAAGGCAGGACGUAUCAGUUAACCGAAAAGCAGCUCGGAGACAAGAUCCAGCAGCUCCUCAACGAGAAAUCUGACGCCGCUAACAAGAUCACGGAGCUAAACGGCAUGAUAAAAGAGCGCGAAGAGCGGCUGAAGAGCUCGGAGAAAUCGCUGAGUUCCAGCCAGCAAGAAGUGAAAGGGCUGAAGAAUCACCACCAGAAGCUCCAGAGCCAAUGGGAGCAGAUGUCUGGGAGCGUUUCGCAGCUCAAUCAGAAAAUAGUGGACACGAAGGAAGAAAAUUCGAAUCUUAAUGAGAAGAUCGCCAAAAUGCACCAGAGAAUCGAGAAAUACCAGAAAACACUGAAGAGCUAUGACGAGGAGCGUGCGAAGGUUCACGUCCUCAUGGAUGAAGCCAAACUCCGAGAAGACGCCCUUAAGGCUCAGGUUCUGUCCUUCGAGAAGGAAAACGGCGCUUUAAAAGAGCAGAAGAAAUCUCUCCUGCGUGACGCUAAAGACUGGCAGGAGAAGCACAAGCAACUGAGCGAGGAGAUCCGAGUCUAUCACAAAUCCCAGAAAGAGCUGGAAGACUCUCUGGUGCACAAAGAGAACGAGAUCGACGUUUUGUCCAGCUGUAUUGCGGAGCUCAAUCGUCUGGGAGCCGCUGACCCUGCAGAACUGCAGAAAGAUGAUGCUAAAAUCUCUAAUGGAGAAGAUGCUGAGAAGAAGAUGGACACCAUGAGACUGAGAAUCAAACAGAUGAUGGACGUCUCCAGGAUUAAAGCGACUCUCGGGGUCGUGGAGGACGAGAGGAACCGCUACAUGGAGAGUCUCCUCGUCGAGCAGAAAUCCAGACAGGAGCUGGAGGAGCAAUAUCAGAAGGUCAUGCAUGACCAGAUGAAUCUGAACAACGAGAAGACGCACCUUGAGAACCAGUUCAAGAACCUGCAGCAGAGGCUGGAGAUCACCACUGAACUCUACCAGCAGAAGGAGAACGCUCUGCAGCAGAAACUGACUCAGGAGGAGCUGGAGAGACGCGAGAAGGAGUCGAAGCUGUCGGAGGUGGACAGUAAAGCUCUGCGCUCCGAGGAGGAGGUGAGAGCCCUCAAGCAGAAGAUCAGGGACAUCGAGGAGGAGAUGCAGCAGAACGAACGCUCUCUGAAGUCCGAGGUGGCCGUCCAGGAGAAGAAGGCCCACGAGAACUGGUUGAAAGCCCGUGCGUCUGAACGAACUCUGGUGGAGGAAAGACGAGAGUCGGCCACCCUUCGUCAGAAGCUUGUGGAGUACAGAGAUAAAAUAUCAGACCUGGAGCAAAGUCUGUUCAAAGUCAACUCUGGACCUCCAGACCGCCACGUGCCUCCACAGAGAAGAGGUGAUUCGUACGGGCCGUCUCCUGUGAGCGGGGGGGCUCCGUCUCCUCCUCUAAUGAUAGAGGGUCCCGGACGCCCCCCCUCAGCACCCGUAGGGCGCCGGGGCGAGCCGUUCGGUCCACGACCCCCGUCUGACCCUCACGGACGCUUCUCAGACCUCGGACACCCGCUGCCAUCCAGAUCAGAAAUGUUUCCUCCGAUGACUUCCUCUCCCUGUGCGCACGAUGGACCGAUGCAGACGGCCCCGGUCCCCGAGACGGCCGAGGCCUCAGAGCAGGUCUCGUCUGAGCCCUCGGAGCCUCUCUCCAAGUCUCAGAGUCAGGGAUCGUUCCUCCCGUCUCCUAUCCGGGAUUCUCCGGUUCCUCCGCCGAAGUCUUACGGACCCCCGGUCGGACCGCCUCCGUCUAUGAUGAUCCGACCGCCCAAUGGCCACCCUCCCAUGAUGCCUCCCGAGCCGCGCUUCAGACCUCCACCCAUGGACUCGUACGGCCCUCCUCCAAUCGGCCCUUUCGGACCAGUCCCGCCAUUCGGACGAGGCCCGCCGCUGGGACCGCCUCCUCCGCUCGGACCACGGGACGUCCCGCCAGAGUUCUUCGGCCCUCGCGGCCCCUCGCCCUUCCCUCCCGGACCCCUGCCGCCCCCCGGGGCCAUGAUCCCGCCUCCGUUCGGCGGCCGCGGUUUCCCAGGACCCCCUCCGCUGAUCCCCCAGAGCUCCAGAGACGGCGAGGGGAGCGUCGCUCCGGCCAACGAGCCGCCGACGGAUGCGUCCCAUCGGCACAGCGAGCCUUGACGCGAGAACGACCCGAUUCCAGCUUGACUUUUUGGGGUCCUGAUUCUUCUCAAUAUUUAACCGUCAAAAUCUGGUUUGGGUGGGGGGGGGGCUGAAACACAUUUGUGACAGAAAUAGUUUUGAUUUUAUACAUUAGCAAACCUUUCCUAUGGAAAUAGUUUGAUUUAAUAUGCAUUACAAUUGUUUUGUUUUUUUUUGUUUAGUUUUUUUUUCCCGGUGGCUGUCAUGUGGUUUAAUUAAAAUCUCUACCACUCGGCCCAGCGCUGAUGCAUUCUGGGAUGUCAAACCGAUAUUUAGGCACGUCGUGAAGCCACUUCCUCAUGCCUUUUUAACGUGAGAGGACUCCGAAGAGACUUUACAUAUAUUUUUUAUGCCUUUUCACUAUUUUUGAACGCCCGUAUUACCGCUUUUAGUCAGAUUCUCCGGCCCACGUGAUUAUUUGCCAGCUCGCCUGUGUUCGUUUUUAACGUUUGAUUCGUCGCGCGCCUGCUCUUAUGAUUUCUUUUCCUAGCGGAAAGGCACAUAUGAUGUCAUAUUGACAAAGUAUUUGUACAUUUCUUCCAGCUGCAUACACGAUAUAAAAUGUUCUCACGGAUCAGGCACAAUAUGUUUGCGCGUUCAUAGCCAGCAGGUGAUUUGAAUUUAUUGCACGAUAACGAAACGCGAACAAAAACGAAUUUUCGGCAAACGCAUUGGUCUCAAUCGAUUCAUUUCCAGAAUGGUUUCACACACACACACACAAAAAAUCCGCUUGUGUUUCAUCAAUGAGGCCCAUGAAUGUUUUGCAAUGCUUUUGGAAUCCAAAUGGAAAAAUACUCGAUGCUCAAAAUCCAUUCACCUUUAUUUUUUGGUCUUAUUUUCUUGGCAAUAUAUUGUUUUUGUUUGAUAUUAGAGUAAAUUAUUUUAGGAAGCGUGUUGAGAGGAUGUUUCUUGAUGAGAGUGUUUGCAUCAUGUGUUGAAAUCCUGGAAAAGAAACCAUUUUAAGCGAAUGUGGCAUUGAUUUCGCAGGAAUGAAUGAGUUGAAUAAAGCUGCUUUUUUCCUGUA